AGUUGUGACCUUGUCGGUUCUGUGCACUGGCUGGUUUACGAAACAAGAUGGGCCGUUGCUGUGUUCCCAACUGUCGCGGGAAUUACGAUACCGGGCCGAAGGUUCGUGUCUUCUCGUUUCCGAAAGACGACGACAGAAGAAUGAAGUGGGAACGUGCGGUACGUCGUGACGACAUUGAGAUCGCCACCUUGCGUGAUCCCAAGGUCUGUGAGCUACAUUUCAAGAAAGAGUACCUGAGGACUACCACUUCGUAUACUGACUCGGAUGGAAGAACUAUAGAAGCUCCCAUGAGCCUUACACGGUUGACACCAGAUGCAGUGCCCACAAUAUUUCCCAAUAGCCCUGCUUACUUGUCUGACUGUGCGCCAGUUCGAGAAAAGCCGGAAGCCAAGAGGAAGCGUGUUGAGGCAACGCGGCUACAAGAAGCUAUCCAGCUCUCACUAUCAGCACACAAGGAAGAGGGACAAAAGAACAGAGUGUCGUCCUACGACCAGUUCCUUUCACGGCUUCCAGAUCUUCACGUCGCAGACUUCUGGCUGAUACAGAAAGCCAAAUCGGCGGUUCUGUUUGUGCACAUAGAUGACAGCAUGGGACACCCGGAAGUUGAACGCUCCGUCGUUGUUACGGACACCAUGAAAGUGACUGCCUCUUGGCGACGAGUGACGUUGUGCUUUGAUGAAGUCACCAUUCCCGAGACAUUGGACGACAUGCGACAACUUCAAUGUGUUCUAGACAGAGUGCGAGAGUUCAAAGCCCCAGACGUGUGCGAAAAAGACGAAAAACUGAAAGCUUGUGUCGAGUUACUUUUUUCUCUUCUGGACGACCUCGCAAGCAACGAACUUUUGCCGCAAGAAAAAACGGAAGCGCUCGCAUUCCUGAUGGAGCAACUGCACCUGCUGCUUAAAGGAACAGCUUUCAGGUAUUCUACGGAACUUCUCGUAUUCUCAAGCUUAUUUUACACUAUCUCGCCUCAUGCAUACAAAUUUGUUCGUAGCAGUGGGAAACUAACAUUGCCUCACAGGUCCACAGUGAUGAAGCUUUGCAGCAAAUACAACGCAACCCCAGCAAAUGAGCAGAAUGAUGAAGGAUUCCUGCGUUACAUAAAGAAGAGGGCAGGCCUCCUAAAGCCACACGAAAAAGUAGUAACAUUAAUGAUGGAUGAAAUCCACAUUCUAGAGUAUUUUGAGUACAAAGGAGGCUCUCUUGCCGGAACCGCAUCAAACACUUCCGAAGCUGCGAAAACUGCGCAUGUCUUCAUGACCCAGUCCUUACUUUCAGCGCACAAAGAUGUGGUCCACAUUUUGCCAGUCGCUAGGAUUGAUGCGAGCCGGUUGCAUGAAGUAGUACAAAAGGUUAUUCUAGGACUUGAGGAAGCGGGGCUCACUGUGAUUGCGGUGAUCACAGACAAUAAUGCAAUAAACAGAAAGGUGAUGUCCUUGUUUUCAAAAAAGAAGAAGCUAGAUAUAGUGUACCCACAUCCAGCAGAUGCCUCACGACCAUUGUUCUACAUUGUAGACACUGUACACCUGUUGAAGUGUAUCAGGAACAACCGGAUCAAUAAAAAAAAUCCGGACACCUGCAUUUUCUAUCCAGAGUUCUCAAGCACUAAGUCGCGGGUGGAGAUAAAAGGAGCCUCAUUUAAGGCGCUCCGUGAUCUACAUGCUUCUGAGCAACAAGAUUUGUCAAAAUUUGGCUAUGGGCUGACGUACAAAGCGUUACAUCCAUCGAACAUUGAACGCCAGAAUGUAAAACUUGCCCUGAAGGUGAUGAGUCCAUUCGUUGCGGAAGCCCUUAGAACACGUGGAAGGCAACUUGGUUUGCCGUAUGCUUCAGAAACCGCAGACUUAAUUGAUGUGGUACAUCGGUGGUGGAGCAUUGUCAAUAUGCAGACUCCUUGCAAAGGCAGGCGCCUUCGGGACCCCAAUCAAGAACCAGUCAGAGCUUUGACAAACAUGCAGUUGGAGUUCCUCAAUGAUUUUGUGAACUGGCUUGACAUAUGGGGCACUGUCAAAAUGGAUACUGGGGCAUUAACAACAGACACACACACGGCGCUCCGACUGACAUCGUACUCACUUGUUGAAGUCACGAGAUACUGCCUCGAGGAGCUAAACUUUGAGUAUGUUUUACUAGGCAAAUUCCAGACGGACAGUCUAGAGGACAGGUUUGGCUGCUAUCGUCGCCUGUCUGGGACAAAUUACCACAUCUCGGUCCAGCAGAUAUUUGAGUCCGAGACAAAACUGAGGCUUCAGGACUCGCUGGUUUUCCCAGAUAUGCAAGAAUUGUGCAAGCCAUCGGGUGUGACUCGUGAUGCAGACAAACUGAUGAAAGACUACAACAUCAAAAUAACAGAAGAUGACUUAAAAGAAAAAGAACCCAGUUUGCCAGCUAUAACAUACAUAGCAGGCUUUUGUGCGCAUGCAGCGCUCAAGAAAAUUCCCUGUGAGGCAUGUGCGCUGAACCUCGUAACGGAAGAAAGGGAACUGCAACUGGACAGGAACGUCCUCAUCGAAAACCUCACGAGAGGUGGCCUCAAGUUUCCUCAGUCGGUUGUCAUCAACGCUGUUUUGCACACGCAGCUUGUGCUAGAAAAGCUCACAUUAAAAGAAAAUGCCACACGCUUUCAUGCUGAAGGCAACCAAAGAGAGGUGCUUCUAAGUUUGUCAAGGCACCUGCUUUUGGACAACGAAGACCUAGACAUUUGCAACAAUGGGCACCACCCUGACACAGUGCUUAGCAACAUCCUGCGGGCAGCCGCCAACACAUCACUUAAGAACUAUGUGCAAAUGAAGACUGACCAGUUGAGGUCUAGAAAAGCUGCAGUGCAUCUGAAGAAAUUGCAAACUCUGAAAUGA